CACAGACCAGCAUACCCGACUCCUACGCGUGCCGACGUUCACUUGGUGGGUUCAGGGCCCAUCGAGCGGUUUGAGAUGUGGGGCCGCCACCGCUCUUUGACGGAGUGUAUGUACUUGUCCUCGGCAAUUCUUGCCGAUUACGGGUACGCCGAGGAGAUGGAGCAGCUGCUGCAGGGGACGAGGUGGCACCGCCUCUUUACGAUGCGGGCUGAGUCUAGCCUGCCACUGACGAUUAAGUUCCUAUGCUCUUUGGAGUUGGAGCCAUCCACGAGGAGGUUGGGAGUUAGCUCUACCGAGAGCAACGACGCCUCCUCAUUUGCGCCCUCGACCUCAGGAGCAUCUUUGCAGGUUUCAUCUAAGAGAGCCACCCGUCGUCGUCCCACCACUUCUCAGACUCCUGCAGCCCCGACCCAAGCGGAUCUGAUUCUUGAAUGGGCUAGGAGGAUCAUGGAGCAGCAGGAGACCAUCCUGCAGAGGAUGUCCGAGAUCGGACAGCAGCAUGCAUCCCAGGCUGAGAGCUUUACUCAGCUUCGGAAUAUUUUCAUUGGCUUCCAUUCGGAUGUGCACAUUGGGCUCACUCCCCGUUCUCCUGAGGGCGACGAUCCAUCUUCCUCUGCUCCUCCUCCUCAGUGAUCUUUCUCUUAUUCUCCUUUAAAACAUUUAUUUCCUUUCAUUUAUGAGCAGAAAUUUAUGAUCAACUGGAUUUGUUGGAACUUCUUAUUUUCCGCCGGUAACAUUUACUUAUGACUUGCUUUAUUUCUAUUUUCAUCAACCAUUUUUGGAUUAUUGAUGUGUGUAAGUUCUUUUAUUAUUAAUCAAUCAUUCCAACGUGG